AUGCCAGCGAGGGCCACACCCAUGCUCGCCAGCGCAUUCCAGUCGACAGCGACCGCGCCGGCCGCGCCCGUGCUCGUCGUCGCACUGCUCGCGGCCGAGCCCGAUGCACUAGACGCGGCGCUCGUCGCGGAGGAGAGGACGCUAGAGAGUGCGGCUGAGAUCGACGACGCGCCAGAGGACGCGGCGCUCGCGGCAGAAGAUGCGACGGAGGACGCGGCGCUCGAUGCGGAGGACGCGAAAGAGGACGCGACGCCCGAGGCCGAAGACGCAGCAGAGGACGCCACGGAGGCGGCUGACGAGGCUGACGAGGCUGCGCUGCCGGUGGCGCUCGAGGAGGAGGCGGCGGC